AUGGUAUUUAAAUUUAAAAAUAAAAAAACAGAAAAAGGAUUAGAUAAAUUAAAUAAAAGUUCUUAUAAUGAUAGUAAAGACAUUAGUGGAAAUGUAAAAAAAGAUAAAAACAAUUCUUGGUAUAAGAAAAUAAUUGAAAACACAAAAAAUAAAGAUAAAAAUGAAAAUAAAAAAGAGGACAAUGAAGAUAAUUAUAUAAAAAUAAAAGAAAAAAAUAAUAAUUAUGAAUUAGAAGAACAGCUUAAAGAAACAAUAAAGUCUAUAACAACAUUAUCUUCAAAAAUUGUUAGUUAUGAAUAUAAAAUUCAAGAAUUAGAAAAAGAAUUAAAGGAAGAAAAAAAUAAAAAAACAGAUAAUAAAUAUGACAGUGAAUUAAGAGAAAAGGAAAUUUUUGUUAGACAAAAAAGUGCUAUGCUAAAUGAAAAAGAAAACUUAUUAAAAGAAAAAGAAUUAGACAUAAAUAUGAGAGAAAAGAAAAUUAGUGAUAAAGAAAAAUUAAUUUCAAAAAAAGAAGAAAAAUUAAAUACUAUAGAAAUGGAAUAUAUAGAAAAAAUAAAUGAAAAGGAGAAAUUGGAAUUUGAAAUAAUUGAUACAAAAAAAUUAUUAGAAAAAUUAAAUUUUGAAGUAAAAAAUAAAAAGGAAAAUUUAGAAACUGUUAUUGACAAAGUUAUAUCAAAAGAAAAAAUUUUAAAGGAGCUAAAAGAAAAAGUGUUUGAAAAAAAUGAAAUUAUUAAUUCUCUUAAAGAAAAAAUAAAUGAAAAAGAAAAAUUAUAUCAAGAAUUGGGUAAGCAAAUUGAAGAGAAAAGCGAAAGAAUAGAAUUCCUAAAUAUCAAAGCUGACGAAAAAGAAAAAUAUUUUGAAAAAAAAGGAAAAGAAUUACAAGAAGAAAAAAAUUCUAUAGUGGAAAAAUUAAAUUCAAUUAAAUUGAGAGAAAAAGAUAUUGAAAAAAGAGAAAAUAAUUUUCUACACAUGGAGAAUGAAUUAAAUAAUUUAAAAAAUAGUUUUUUAAAAAAUAACACUCAACUAAAAAUAUAUAAAUCUGAAAUAAAAAAUUUAAAUAACACAUUAGAAGAAAAGGAAAAAGAGUUAAUAGAAUUAAAAAAUAUUCAUAAAAAUGAAAUAAGUGCUAUAAAAGAUAAUUUAAAAGAAAAAGAAAAAGAAAUAAUAAAUUUUUGCAAUAGUCACAAAGAUGAAAUGAUUGAAAUGAAGCAUGAAUUAAAAGAAUCAGAAAAUAUAAAUAAAAUUGAAGAGAAUAAUUUUCAUAAUAUAUUAGAAAUGAAAGAAAAUGAAAUAAAAAACUUAAGAAAUAAGUAUAAGGUAGAAAUUGACAAUAUAAGUAAUGAACUAAAUGAAAAGAAUAGAGAUUUUAUUGAAUUAAAAAAUAAUUAUAUUAAUGAAAUAAAUAACUUAAACGAUGAAAUAGAAGAAAAUAAGAAAAAAACAAAUGAAUUAAAGAACAGUUAUGAAAAUGAAAUAUAUAAAUUAAAAGGAGAGAUAGAAGAGAAAAAUAAUAAUAUUUUAGAAAUAGAAAAUAAUUACAAAAAUGAAUUAAUUGAUUUAAAAAAAAAAUUAAUUGAAAAAGAUAAUAAUCUUAAUAUGACCGAAGAACUAUCCGAUUUAAGAAAUACACUAAACAUUAAAGAAAAGGAAUUAUUAGAAUUAAAAGAAGAUUAUAACAGUAAAAUAAAAUUGUUAAAUGACGAAUUAGAUAUGAAACAGAAAUAUUUUGAAGAAGAACUAAAUAAUGCACUUAUGAAAUCACACGAAAAGCAACAAGUUUUAUAUGAUCAAAUUGAGGGUUUAAAGGAUUUCAAAUUAAAGAAUGAAGAACAUUUAAAAUUAUAUAAUGACAAAAUACAGUUGUUAAUUAGUAUAUGUAGGAUUUUUAAUAUACAUUAUGAUGAAACAAAAGAUAAUGAACUAAUAAAAAUCAUUGAAGAAUAUACAAAAAAAAAAGAUGAUACAAUAAAAAUGUUGAAAAUUCAAAUGAAUUCGGGUUAUAAUGAAAAGAAGGAAGGAGAUAAUAUAAAGGAUGAAGAUAAAAUUAUGAAUCUACCUGAUUUAUUUGUAGAAGAAAACACACCUGAUAAUAUAAAAAUAUUUAAUUUUAAAAGAAAAAUAGAUGAAUUGAAUGAAAAAUAUAAAGAAAUGAAAAAAAAAUAUAAAAAUGAUUUACUUUUAAAAAAAAAGGAAAUAGAAGAAUGUCAUAAAAAAAUAAAUGAGUUGAAUAAUGAAAUUAAGAAUUUGCAAGAUAAAACAUUCUAUUAUAGUAAAAACAAUUCAAAAACACAAUUAAAUUCACAAACUGACGAAAUUAAUAAUCUGAUUUCAUCUAUCAGUGAACUUAAAAUUAAAAAUAAUGAAGAAAAAAAAAAAAAAGAUGAUGAAAUAAGAAGAUUGAAUGAAGAGCUUUCAAAAUAUAAAUUAUUUGCAAACUCAAAAAGUGUAAUUGAGGAAAAUAAAAAUAAUAGAAAAUUAAAGAAAAAGUAUUUUAAAAAUAAAAGUGAUAAUGAAUAUAAUUUUGACAUUGAUAAAGGAAGUGAAAAAAAUUUAAAAAGUUACUUAAGUUCACAAAUUAAUAUAUUAAAAAUAGAAAAUGAGACAUUAAAAAAAGACAAUGAAGAGAAAGAAUCAAAAUAUAAUGAAUUAGUUAAUGACGAAAAAGAAUUAGCUAAAAUGAGUAGUAUUCAAAUUGAAAAAUACAGAAAAAAAUUAAAAAAUGAUGAUAAACUUAUUGAUGAAUUAAAAAAAAAAAUUUUCACUUUAAGUAGUGAAGUAAUGCAACUUAAAAAUGUUAAAAAUGAAUUGUGUGAAAAAAAUAACAACCUAAUGCAAGGAGAAGGGAAAAAAAAAAAGAAGGAAUUAGAAAAAUUAAAAACAGAAAUAGAAAAAUUAAAAGAAGAUAAAAAUGAUUUUAUAAAUCGCAUACAAGAACUAAAAAAAGAACUUCAAACUAAAGAAAACAAGUAUGAGAUUAAAUUAAAUGAAAAUAAGAAUAUCAUAGAAAAUUUAAAACAAGCAAUUAACGAACAUGAAAAUGAUAUCAGAAAUAUAGAAAAUGAGAAAAAAAAUUACAUAAAUGAAAUAAGUAAUAUAAAGAGCAAAUAUGAAAUAUUAAAAAUAAAGUAUGAUGAAUUAAAUAAAAAUUAUACUUCAUUAAAAAGUUUUUCUAAAAACCAAGAAAAUGUGAGUUACAUAAAAAAUAAUACUGUAUACAGUGAGGAAAGCAGCAAAAUUCAUGAUGCUAGUGAAAAUUAUGAAAUACAUAUAAAUAAUGAUGAAACAGUUAGUAUAGAAAAUUCUAGUAAGGAUUUAAUAAAACAAAAUGAACAAAAUGCCGAUGAAGAAAAAAAGAAAGGAAUAUUUAAAAAUCAAAGCUGUAAUAAAAAUAAUAAUAUGGUAAUUAUGAACUAUGAAAAAGAGAUAAAAUAUUUAAAAGAAGAAAUAAACAAAUUGAGUUUAUUGUACAGUAGCGAGUUAAAUGAAAAGAAUAGUUAUGAUACAAAAAUAAAAAAUUUAGACAAUAAAUUAAAAGAAUUACAAAUAAAAAACAAAGAAAAUAUAGAGUUGAUAAAAUCUUUAACAAAAAAAAAUGAGCAAAUGAAAAUUAAAAAUGACAAACUGAAGUCAAUGAAGUUAUCAAAAAGUGAAACUUCUUUAAAUUUAAAUAAUAAUAAUAAUAAUAAUAAUAAUAAUAAUAAUGAAAAUAAAUUGAAUAUUGAAAUCUGCGAAAAAGUGAGAACUAACAAGUAUACUGUUGGUACAGGAUCAUUUAAAACACAUAAAAAAUUUUUACCGGAAGUAAGAGAAAAUGUAUAUUUAUCAGAAAAUAUGGAUAAAUUAGAAGAAAAUGGUUUUCGUUUAAUGAAAAUUAUCAAUGAAAGUGAAAAUAUACAUAAUGAUAAAAUAAUAGGGUCAUAUUUAUAUUCAAAGAAUGUAGAAAAAUUAUAUGAAAUAAAAAACAUAAAUACUCAUAUAGAAGAAGCUAAUGAGAAUAUUAUUAUAGUUUUAUGUAUUGCUUUAAGGGAAAUUCUCAACUUUUUAUUUUUAAAUGAUAAUUUUGUUAACUUAUUUGAAAAUAUAAAUAAGAGUCUGUGGAAACACAUGUUUAUCCCUGAGGAAAUUAAAAAUUUUCUUCUAAAGUAUUUUCAUUUUUUAAAUAAAUUAAGGAACUAUAUAAAAAAUAUAAAUGAAAAAUUUAAGAAAGAAAAAUGUGAUAAUUCAUGGCUUUCAUUUCUAAAUUAUUUUGAGACUUCCAGUGAUAUAAAACAAGAAAUGAUAUAUUUCUUUUUAGAAAAAAAAAAUGAAAUGUUUGAUGAUUAUACAAAGAAUAAAAAAAUUACAGAUAUAUUAAAUUUUUCUAAAGAUGAAAUAAGACUAAAAACAAUAGCACAAUUAAGAAAAGAAUUAAGUUUUGAGAAAAAAUCCAAAAAAAUAUUAAAUCAUGAUUAUUAUAUCUUAUUAUAUAAGUAUGAAGAAACUGUAAAAAAAUUGAAAAGAGUGAAACAUAUGAUAAAAGAAUUAAAUUUAAUUGAAACUUAUAAAAUUUAUAACUUGAAUAAUGGAUUAGAUAUAAAUUCAGAAAAUAGCAAUGAAAAUGUUUACAAUUUAACAAAAAAUGAAGAUAUCAAUAAAGAUUAUAUUCUAUAUAAUAAUAAAACAAAAUUAACAAAUAGGAAAAGCAACUUAAUUAAUCAAGUAGAUAUUUCAAAACAAAAUCAAAUUUCGAAUAUAAAUAAUAAUAGUAUAUAUAAAGAUAAAAUAAGUAAUGUUGAAAAAAUAAAUCAAGCUAAUAUUCAUAUGAAAAAAAACAACAUUUUUAAUGAGACGUUUGAAAGAAAAAAUAUAAAUUUUAUCCAUAAAAAUCCGUUCUAUUAA